UUUCUCUGGAGCCUGCAGAGUUUUGAUCUACAAUGGCCGGAAAGAGCUUCGUCACCUUGAUGCUUUUCGCUCUCUUGGCCUGUUCCUCUCUUGCUCAGGCCCCUGGAGCCGCGCCAACCGCUUCACCGACUAGGCCACCUUCUGCUGCACCGUCUCCCAAGGCUUCUGCAACUCCUACUUCUACUCCCACUCAAGCUCCCACUCAAUCUCCAACUGUCUCGGCUCCUUCACCUACCAUUACUCAUGUUCCAGCGGCAGCCCCAACCUUAACUCCUACAAGCUCGCCUCCUGCUCCUUCGGCUCCCACUCCUAGCUCAGGUCCAUCAGUGGCACUUCCUCCUAACGGUGUUCCGUCUCCUUCUGCUGAUACUCCGACAGGGGUUCCUCCAAACGGUGCUGUUUUGAACAGAGGCGGUGCUGCUUUGGCCGUUGUUGGAGCGGCAUGUGUGUGGUCUUUGUUGCUGUAGAUCUGAUCUCAGGACUAUCAUCAGCUACCGAUUUAGGAGUUGGUAGGAUUGAGUUUUUUUUUUUUUAAUUUUUUAUUUUGCUGCCUAUGGACGACGAUGAUGGCCACCUUUCGUUAUUUUGGCGGUUGAGAUUUUAUUUGUCUCUUAUUUAUUGUUAUUAUUGCUUAUUAUUAUGAAUUCUUUUUUUUUUUAAAUUUUGUUAGUUUUAUUUUCAUAAUUUCUGAAUGCGGUGUUGAUUCUGAAGCUGCGAGAAUCAUUGUUGGUUUGGAUCUGUCUGAAGUGUCAAGCGGUAGCGACUUGAGAGAGCGAAGGGAAAGGAGGGAGAGCUACGUGUAUAGUGGUUUCUUUGUCAUUUCGCGAUGACGAAGACCAGAUGGAAGCGCUCUGAUUGGUUGCUUCCACUUUACUUUUAAUAUAUCCUUUUUUUAAUCUA